GCGAUUUCCCCCCUCCCCUAUCUCGACGCUCGCAUCAAGGCUCUGGAACUGUUGAACAGCAGCGCCGGCAGAGACCUUGGAGAGGUCCAGAACUGUCGAUUCCUGGUCUUCUCUGGCGACUUGUGCUUCCCUCAUUCAUCUUGUUCCCAUUUACUCUGAACCCAACUGCACCUGAGGGGAUCCUCACCUUGUCAGUCGCAGGCGUAUUGAAACACAUUCCAAGUGAACCCCCUUCUGUUUAAAACAACCUCACCGACGACUAAGCAAUCCCUCUUCCCUUCUCGUCUACUGUCUCCAUGCAUAGUUUCUUUCAGUCUGACAAUAUGUCGUGGAAAAUCACCAAGAAGUUGAAGGAAACCCAUCUGGCCCCUCUGGCCAAUUCUUUCGGUCGAUCCUCCUCUACCUCUACGAUUAAGCCUGAUCCUGUUGACGAGACUUCAUCCGUGCCGACUCCAAACAUCCUAGUUUCCACUGCUAAUAAUGGCAUCGCUGCAUCUGAAGCCCUAGUGUCACCUCCAGCUACUCCUGUGAAGCCUGGAAUCUUGAUUGUUACCCUUCAUGAAGGCCGUGGUUUCUCACUUUCCAACCACUAUCAGCAAAUCUUCAACUCCCAUUUCCAAAACAACUACACAGGACCCGUUAGGCCGAAUUCAUCCUCGUCUCACACAGGUCACAACCCAGUUUCCAGUUCUUACACUCAGACCAGUCGACCACAAUCCACCAGCGGUGGUAUUAACGCUGCUCCAACCAACCAUGGACGCUAUUCCACCAAGUAUUUGCCAUACGCGCUUCUCGACUUUGAUAAACUCCAAGUUUUCGUCGAUGCUGUGUCUGGAAACCCCGAGAACCCUCUUUGGGCUGGAGAUAACACUUCAUUCAAGUUUGACGUCUCUCGUGUCACCGAUUUAAACAUCCAAUUGUACCUACGAAACCCUGCUGCUCGACCUGGCGCGGGCCGAAGUGAGGAUGUGUUCUUGGGAGCUUGCCGGAUACAUCCUUGCUUCGAGGAGCUUCCAAAGAAUGCCGACGACUCUAAGGGUAGCAAGAAAGACCGCGAAAAGGGGCCUGCAAGUCAGCAGAGCCGUCACCGUUUGCAUUCCGGCACGGAAUGGAUAGACUUGCAGUUUGGUACUGGAUCCCUCAAGAUUGGUGUUUCAUUCGUUGAAAAUCGGCAACGAAGUCUCACCAUGGAAGACUUUGACUUGCUCAAGGUCGUUGGCAAAGGUAGUUUUGGCAAGGUUAUGCAAGUCCUGAAACGCGAUACGGGACGAAUCUAUGCUAUGAAGACUAUUCGCAAGGCUCAUAUCAUCUCACGCUCCGAGGUCGAGCACACAUUAGCUGAGAGAUCUGUCCUUUCCCAGAUUAACAAUCCCUUCAUUGUCCCACUCAAGUUUUCAUUCCAAUCUCCAGAAAAGCUCUACCUUGUCCUUGCCUUCGUGAAUGGCGGUGAAUUGUUUCACCAUCUCCAGAGGGAACAGCGUUUCGACAUCAACAGGGCCAGGUUCUAUACUGCAGAGCUAUUGUGUGCCUUGGAAUGUCUACAUGGGUUCAAUGUUAUUUAUCGUGAUCUUAAGCCCGAAAAUAUUUUGCUUGACUACAGUGGCCAUAUUGCUUUGUGCGACUUUGGUCUUUGCAAACUCGAUAUGAAGGAUGAAGAUCGUACUAACACUUUCUGUGGAACUCCCGAAUAUCUUGCUCCGGAGCUUCUCCUCGGCCUUGGAUACACCAAAGCUGUUGAUUGGUGGACCCUGGGUGUUCUCCUCUAUGAGAUGUUGACUGGAUUGCCACCAUUUUAUGAUGAAGACACCAACGAGAUGUACCGCAAAAUUUUGCAAGAACCGCUUACUUUCCCAAGCUCUGAUAUUGUUCCAGCUGCUGCUAGAGAUCUCUUAACCCGACUUCUUGAUCGUGACCCGCAACGCCGCCUGGGAGCUAACGGUGCCGCUGAGAUCAAAGCACACCACUUCUUUGCGAACAUCGAUUGGCGCAAAUUAUUGCAGCGCAAAUAUGAGCCUAGCUUCCGACCAAAUGUGGUUGACGCCCGUGACACUGGGAAUUUCGAUAGCGAGUUCACCUCUGAGGCUCCAACUGAUUCUUAUGUCGAAGGCCCCAUCCUUUCCCAAACUAUGCAGAAGCAGUUCGAAGGCUGGUCCUAUAAUCGCCCAGUUCCUGGGCUUGGCGAUGGCGGAGGCAGUAUCAAGGAUCCAGCUUUUGGCAGCAUCCCUGAAUAGUCUCGUAUAAUAAUUAUUUGACCGGACGAGAUCAUCUGGCGAAGUCAUUCCCAAUUAUUUCGUUGAAAUAACUUUCGACUAACUUUUGGUCCUGGGAUGAGUACCUGCUUUUUGCUCCUAACCUCGCCUCUACUUGUCUUUUCGCUCUACCCGGUCCAUGAGGGGCCUCCAGGCUAACUACGAGCUGGGACGGUCUCGCGUCGUGGCUGUGGCUCUCGCAAAUUCUCAAAGACCCUCAAUUGAUAAGGCCUUCAAUAACAUCUUUGCCCCUUGUUUUCCGCGAGCACCAACCAUGAACGUGCCUUUAUUAACUUGGCGACAAAAGCUUAACGCGUUUGUGUUUCCAAGUGAAUAACAACAGGCAUUAUUUGCAAGAAAAAGAAAACACUAAGUCACAGUUACAGUUCUAGAUAUUUCAUUCACCUGCGUUCUCAUUUGUUUGUCUCUUAUUAUCUCGCUACCCCAGAUACAUCAAUUCUGUUAGCCAUCUUUGCUCUCACGACUCUACUUCGCCGCUGAGCUUUUCUUUCGACCUCAUUGUUAGCCCUCAGCGAAUCCUGCCAACGAUGCCGCUUUCUUUGUGAUUCCUGGGGCUUUUAUGGAUUUACACCCAGCGUGGCCUUUUUAUGUAGCAUGCUCUUUUGCCUUUCUUCCCUCGAGUGUAUCGGAGUACGAGAUUGAUACUUUUCCUUUUUUUUUCCGCCCCCCUUUUCCCAUAUUGAGCCAGCAGUAUGGAUUAGGCCCUGGGGGGUUUUCUCAUUGUUUUAAGCUGGUUUAGCAAACACACCCUAACAAAUACCAAGAGAUUUGUAGACCUA